UCCCCUCCGCUGCCGGUGAUGGGAGGUGCAGGCCCAUCGGGAGCCUUGCCCAGCCUCGCCCCUGCGCCUCCCUGCGCGCCUGGCACCGCCACCGGCUCCGCUCGCUCCCCGCACCGGCGCCGCCGCCGCCGCCGCCAACCUCUGUCCCUUCCCCGCCCGCCUCGGGGGGCACCGGGGGAGACCCUCCCCAGCCCUUCCCCCCCCUCUCCGUGCCCAAUCCCUCCCCCCCCGGUAUGAAGGUUCUUCGGCACAAGAUCGAGCUGCUGACAGGGCUGCUGCUGCAGGACGUCAGCAUGGCAGGGCUCCAGGAGCUGCGUUUCACCGAGGAGAAGCCACUGCUGAGGAGCCAGGAGGCUGAGCUGGACAACUCCGAUGUCUUCCUCUGCCCUGUGGACAUGGACUGGAAGGAACAUGACAUUGAGACCCCCUACGGGCUGCUGCAUGUGGUGAUCCGGGGCUCUCCCAAGGGCAACCGCCCUGCCAUCCUCACCUACCAUGACGUGGGCCUCAACCACAAGCUGUGCUUCAACACCUUCUUCAACUAUGAGGACAUGCAGGAGAUCACCAAGCACUUCGUGGUGUGCCACGUGGAUGCCCCCGGGCAGCAGGCAGGAGCCUCACAGUUCCCCCAGGGGUACCAGUACCCAUCCAUGGACCAGCUGGCAGCAAUGUUACCCAGCGUGGUGCAGCACUUUGGGUUCAAGUACGUGAUUGGCAUCGGCGUGGGGGCAGGAGCCUACGUCCUGGCCAAGUUCGCGCUCAUCUUCCCUGACCUGGUUGAAGGCUUGGUCCUGAUGAACAUCGACCCCAACGGCAAAGGCUGGAUCGAUUGGGCAGCUGCCAAGGUGGGCACGGCCCUGGUGCCCACCUCCUGGCCCUGGUGCUUGGUUUGGGGCAGCCAAAGGGGUGCCAUAACUGCCUGUGCUCCCUCUUCACAGCUCUCUGGCCUCACCAGCACACUGCCAGACCUGGUCCUGUCCCACCUAUUCAGCCAGGAGGAGCUGAUGAACAACACGGAGCUGGUGCAGAGCUACCGGCAGCAGAUUGGCACCGUGGUCAACCAAUUCAACCUCCAGCUCUUCCUCAACAUGUACAACAGCCGCAGGGACCUGGACAUCAACCGCCCUGGCACCGUGCCCAAUGCCAAGACGCUGCGCUGCCCUGUGAUGCUGGUGGUUGGAGACAAUGCUCCUGCUGAAGAGGGGGUGGUGGAGUGCAACUCCAAGCUGGACCCCACCACCACCACCUUCCUGAAGAUGGCUGACUCCGGUGGGCUGCCCCAGGUGACACAGCCUGGCAAGCUGAGCGAGGCCUUCAAGUACUUCCUGCAAGGCAUGGGCUACAUGCCCUCUGCCAGCAUGACUCGCCUGGCACGCUCCCGCACCGCCUCCCUCACCAGUGCCAGCUCCGCGGAGGGCACUCGCCCCCGAGCCUGCACCCACUCGGAGAGCAGCGAGGCCAUGGGGCAGAUCAACCACACCAUGGAGGUAUCGUGCUGAGGGGGGAGAGGGCACAGUGCCCGGUGCCCACCUCUCCUUCCAGAGCCGUCUGCCAGCCGCCAGCGUCCUGCCAGCUGCCACCCGCCUGCUCCUCCUCCGCCCAGGGUCCUCCCCUCCCCCCACCCACGCCGAGGUCUUCUUCCCCUUGCCUGGCACCGGAGGGAGGGGGUUGCCAGUCGCUGCCUUUGGCAUCUGGCUCAAAGGUUUCAGCCCAGAAGCGAUCCUCCCCUUCCCUGGCAUGGGCCUGGCACUGGUUUGGGAGGGUGGGU